AACAGCAGACAACAGAGACGUCAAAACAUAUCAGUAUUUUCUAUUUUGUUAUCAAUUGCCUGCGGCCGAUAAGUGGAUAGCGGAAUUAUCUAGCCUCGUGCUAGUAUCAGGGUUUAAGUCAGAUAAGUAACGAGACGCAGUCUGAAUUGGAACUAACCACGAUGAACAAGCUACUGAAGUUAUCCUUAGCCGUACUUCUCCUUGCAUCUGUGAUCGCUUGGUUUCAACCAAAUGUUUUGCAUAAUAAUACCAAAUAUCUCCACGAUGUUGCGGCAAAAUUUCCUGCAUUAGUAUCUUUCUUCAAAUGGUUCCAUGGUUCUAAAGGGUCUACUACUGCAACUGAUCAUUCUGAUCAUGCUCAACUUAAAGAACCAACAUCAGCACCUGUUGAGCCCACACGUGUCUUCACAAAAGAAGAGUUAGCGAACUACAAGGGAGAAAAUGGGGGUGACAUUUACCUUGCCAUUAUGGGUAGAGUAUUUGACGUCACCAGAGGAAGAGAUUUUUACGGACCUGGAGGGGGUUAUGCUUUUUUUAGUGGAGUUGAUGGUUCCCGAGCAUUUGUGACUGGAGAUUUUAAACCAGAAGGACUCAUUGAUGAUAUAACUGGAUUAGGAAGCCAAGAUUAUAUAGGACUUAGAGAUUGGUUGGAUUUCUACACAAAAGAUUAUGAAUAUAUUGGUAAACUUCAGGGAUUAUUCUUUGAUGCUGAUGGGAAAACAACUGAAUAUUAUCAUGAUGCUCAACAGUGGAUAAAAGAGGCCUCUAGUCACAAAGAAGAUGAAGACUUGUUCAAAGAGAAGUUUCCUAUGUGCAAUAUUGAAUACAAGCCAGAAGAAGGAUCUCGCGUGUGGUGUUCGACAAAGAGCGGUGGAAUCAAAAGGGACUGGGUAGGAUUUCCUCGCUCUCUCUACUCAGCCGAUUCCAAAAAUAUUCGUUGUGCCUGUGCUCAAGAGGCUGAUCUGAAUGAUUCGUUGCUUAAAGAAUAUCCAAACUGUCCAAAAGAUGCAACUUCGUGCAUGCUCCCAAAAUGAUCGUUCUUAUAUUGUUUAAAUUUCACUAUAUUUUGUUUUGUUCUUUUAACUAGUGUCGCCUUCAGUUGCUGUCCUUUUUUGUAUGUGCAACCGAUUUAUUGUUUUUAUGGGAUGUCAGCGGGAUUUAUAGCGUAGAUUAGAAGAGAAAAAAAAAGGUAUUGGACCAAAAAAUAA